AAUGAAGGCGAAAACACCCCCCCCCCCCCAAAAAAAUAUAUAAUAAUAAUAAUAAUAAUAAAUAAUUGUGUUGUCGCCGUUUGGAAUCGCUUCGAAUCGCUCAGUAGGAGAAUGUGGAGCAGAAGUGGCUUCGCUCCCAGCGGUUUAAGCCACCAUGUCCGAGCCGAGGACGCUCUCAACUGCUACCGUUUCGCCGCCGCCGUCUCCGUCCAAAGUUUGUCACGGUAAAAGUCAGAACAACGGCGCGGCCAAGAAGGAAGCCGAUGUGUCGUUAGCGACCGUCAGUAAAGCGCUGCAGAGUCCCCAGCGCCGAGGCUACAUCAGAUCCUUUGGACUCAACCACGGAGACUCUCCUGGCGACGCGGAUCCUUCUCAAGACAUCGUUUGGGAUUCCAGGUCACCCACUAACCCUGGGCGGGAGCUGAAGAAUGUCAAAACGGUGGAAAUAGCCGACAUCGUCAACCGCAUCGCGCCGAAGGACACGAACCCACGAGGGCCGCGGUCGCCUUUGUGGCAGUGGAUCAGCGACAGCCCCGCGCCCGCCACGCCCAAGGUGCCCAAAGCCAGAAUGAGGAAGAAGUCCUUUCGGCAGAGCAGCGUGGAGGACCUGAUCAAACUGGCCCGGCAGUUUGACGAGAACAUGCAGCAGGACAAGGAGGACUUGGACCAGCUAAACGCCGACAAUGAAUCAAAGAACAAAAUCAACAAAACACUAAGAGAGACGUCGUCGCUGAACCAAACCGAGGCCGAGCUGCGAGCGCUUUUCGACUCGUCCACGCAGAAGGUCACCGCCGGCCUCAGCCAGGUCUCCUCUAAAUCUUCCCAGGACAAAAGCCAGACCAACAAGUCCAGUCCCGGUCCCGAGAAAGUCGAGGCGUCGAGUAGCAAGUGCGCCGACUUUGACGACGACGACUGGGAAAAUGACGACAUGCUCAACGAUCCGUCUUUGCUGGCCCUGAUGCAGAACCCCGACCGGCCCUUCCCGGAUUCCGGCCCGGUCCGGAAUUCUCCUCAGAGUGGCCUGCGGGACUUGUGUCCCAAAGUUAAGCGCGCCACCAGAAGCACUUUCAAGUUGGAGCCCAACCCUCACUUCCAAACGUCUGUUCAAGAAACGUCCAAGAAAAACAUUUCCGACUGUAAAUGGGACGACGUGGACGACGACGACGCGCUCUUCUACCAGGCGUGCGACAGCGUGGAGAGGCUCUCCCAACCCAUCAAGACCGCCACCACGCCUCUGCCAAUUCGCCGAACGUCGCCCGGCAACAGGAAGUCACCUCGCAGCUUCACGCGUUCUAAUUCCUUACCGAGCGGCGCAACGUGGGUCCGCCGAGGUAGGAACGCUCCGGUGUCCAAGAGCCUCCCGGCGGGAGGCCGCGCGACGGCCGCGCUGGAAACUUCUCAGGCCGCCUUCAAGAGGAGCGUGUGCCACGCGGCGACGGCGAACGGCAAAAAAGUGUUUGUCACCAGCCAGAUGGCGGUAAAGUGCUCGGCGGCCGAAAUCGAACGCAAGAAGCAGGAAGCUUUGGCCAGGAGGCGGCAGAGGCUGCAGAACACACAGAAACAAUAACAACGAAAACAACAACAACAACACACACACACACACACAGCCACACUCCAGGCGUCAUGCUGCUGUUGCUAUUGAAAAGACAAAUGACAAGUCACAGGGAUGACAAUCGAAAACAUUUUUCGUAUUUCCCUCAUCUGUCUUUGCAGAUUUAUGUUCCCGACGAUGACUUCAAAUUCUUGAAUCUUUGGCGUACUGUGGCAGUACUGGAUAAUAAUGUGAUACAUUUCAUUGAGACCAAAGUAGACACUUUAUUUUUGCACAUUUCCAUCUUUUCCGUGCGCCUUUUGAAGGGCUGUUCAUACUGCACUGAAUGUAAAUGACUGAGAAAUAAACAUUUUGUUUUGCUAA